AUGGCACCCUCAGGCUCCAAGUCCCACAAAGAAAAAUCCCUCCCGUCUUCUUCACUUGAUCCGCCACAUUCCUUGUCGUCGUCCUUGCUUCAAGUCCCCUCUUCAGCUUCUACUUCCAAAAACAGACGGUCACUUCGACCUCAGAGCCCGGUCCGUUUACCUCCUGGCUAUGUUGCAACCCCUUCUGAUGGUCGACGAACUCCUACUCGCCCUGAUACAAGCAGCCUGAAACGAGGUCGAGUUGAUGAUGAAGGGUCUCAAGACGAAGAUGAGAAUGAAGAUGAAGAUGAAGAAUACCGGAAGGAAGAUGAAGAUGAUGAAAACAUCAAUGAUGAACAAGAAGAUUCCAGCACCUCUUCAGUAAUUCAUAUCUCCGGAAGCCCAUCCAAAAACCUCACUCGUAAGCGCUCAAAACCCAGUGGUUCGUCUGUACCCAAAAGUAAGAACCCUCGAAAGAGAGCCCCUGUAAGAAAGCACAGUAAGAUAUCUCGAGUUCCUGACAAAGUCGAUGUCGAUUGA